AUGGCAAGAAAACAGUUGGGUUACAGAAGACGACCUUGUUGUAGUCGUGAUGCCUUUGUGAAAGGUAGACGUGGUUGUAGUUAUAGACGUGACGGUAAUGGUAGUUUCGCGUGCUGGGCAAUUAGUUGGAUAAAUAGUUUUAGUGUGAUUGCGUGUCUUGAUGAUAGUUCUAUUCAACAUCAUAGAAGUGAUUGA